AUGUUUCUUUCACCUAUGUGGCAUAUGGUGGAUAUCCGGAGUGUGCUGCUCUUCACUAUAGUUUUUUUAGUCAUCGUGGACUAUAUCAGGAAGCGUCGGCCCAACAGUUUUCCACCUGGACCCAUGGUUCUCCCUUUUGUGGGGAACAUAUUUUCUGUUGACUACAGAAAGAAUGAGCAUAUGUUGCUGCUGGCUGAGAAGUUUGGUCAAGUCUACAGUUUGAGAUUGUCACAGCAAUGGAUAGUGAUGUUAAAUGGAUUCAAGACCGUGAAAGAUGUUUUGGUAAACCAUGGAGAUAGCUUUUCAGACCGACCACCACUGCCUAUUUUGGAUGAAUUGAGCUUCAAACAAGGUAUAGCUAACACUAAUGGGCAUAUGUGGAAACAACAGAGGCGCUUUGCCCUACUCACCCUCAAACACUUCAUCAACAGAAAGUCCUUUGAGGCUGCCAUUGUGGAAGAAAUAGCAUAUUUGUUGAAAGAAAUUGCUGAUCGUAAAGGCAACCCCUUUGAUCCCCACAUGCUCAUCUACACUGCUGUCUCCAACAUCAUCUCCUCAUUUGUUUUUGGUCAUCGCUUUGAAAUGAACGAUGAGGGGUUCCUCACAUUGCUACGAGGCUUGGACCAACUUUUUCAUAUUCUAAACUCUGUUUCGGCUAAGCUGUACAACUCAUUUCCCAUGCUGAUGAGACAACUGCCGGGGCCGCACCAGACCAUUCAUACAGUUUAUAAAGACACGAUGGACUUCAUAAGAGCCGAGAUCAACAAACACAAGGAAGACUGGAACCCCUCAGAGCCCAGAGACUACAUUGACUGCUACCUGAUUGAGAUUCAGAAGAGCAAAGGGAAUGCCACUGGUGAGACGACCUUCUAUGAGGAGAAUCUGGUGAUUUGUGUCUUGGACCUUUUUUCUGCUGGCAGUGAGACUACAGCCAACACCCUUUGCUGGGCCUUGCUCUACAUGACAAAAUACCCAGAGGUUCAGGAAAAGCUCCAGGCUGAGAUAGACCAAGUGAUCGGACCAUCCAGACGGCCAACCAUUCUGGACCGUGGCAAUCUGCCCUACACUAAUGCUGUCAUUCAUGAGAUCCAGAGGAUGGGCAAUGUAGUUCCUUUCAACGUACCUCAUGCAACCACCAGAGAUAUCCAGUUGGGAGAAUACACUAUCCCAAAGGGUAUUACAGUUAUUCCGAAUCUUACAACAGUACUGUAUGACAAGAAUGAAUGGGAGACACCAUUCACCUUUAACCCAGGACACUUUCUAAAUGAGGAUGGCGAGUUUGUGAAGCCAGCUGCAUUCCUUCCUUUCUCUGCUGGUAAAAGGGCAUGUCUUGGUGAGAAUCUGGCCAGAAUGGAGCUUUUCCUGUUCUUCACUUCCCUCAUGCAGAUGUUUACGUUCUCGAUGCCUGCUGGUGUGAAACCUGUGCUUGACUACUGCUCUGGGGCUACCCAGGCACCGGUCAACUAUGAAAUCUGUGCCAGUCUGCGUAAACCAGCCAAACGCCUAUCCAAGAGCCAGGAGAGUGAGCGUCCUUGCUCCUUUAUUGACUUCGUAAAUCAGUUUGACAUUAUUUUGACCCAGAAAUCCAAGAUGGCCACCAUCAAGUGGAGUGAAGAUGUGAACGGGAAGAGCAAUGAGAGCAGACCUAAACUCAUGUUCAUUCUCGCCAACCUCUUCGCUGGGGCCAUGGAAAUCGACAGUGUUAGUGCAGAGGCUAUCAUCAGUCUCAACCAGGCCAAGAAGAGUCAAGAGGAACGACAUGCCAUGGUGAAGAGCAUUGGAGAGGGACUAGUAGAGAUUCACCAGACAGACAGACCCUUUGUCAGAGUACCUGUAUCAAAUCACUCCAAACACAGUGUGAACCUGCCCAGCGUAACUGUUUUAGGCAGUAUUGAACUCAUUGGCAAAGUGAUAGUAACAAGCAGUCCCAGCAGUGAGAACAAUACUACCCAAGCGAACACUGCUGACUCUUCACAAACCACUGACCACCAAGGAGACCAACCUAAAGCUGCUUUGUGGCACCCGCCGGUGGACAUUAGCCACUUGACUGAAGAACAGCAGAACGAGGUCAAACUGAUGCUGUACGAAGAGUCCAGAGCUUUUGCUCACAAUGAGGGGGACAUUGGGUCCAUCCCGAGUCUCCAAAUGACCAUCAACCUCACGGAUAACGUCCCAGUUCAGCGCUUAUGUGCCUCGGUGCCGAAGCCACUCUACCAGGGGGUCAAAGAGUAUAGCCAAGACCUGCUUGUUAGAGGAUGGAUAGUGAAGUCCAAGUCGCCAUUCACCACACCUGUGCGCAGCAUGGAGCAGAUGCUCGACUCCCUGCGUGAUAACUGCUGCAUCCCUUAUCUGGACGACAUCCUAUGCUAUGCCAAAUCCUUUGCUGACCAUGUUAAGGGAGUACGCAAAGUCAUGAAGGCGCUACAACGCCAUGGUGUCAAGCUGCGACCCACAAAAUGUGAGUUCUUAAAACAGGAGGUCAGCUGUCCUGUCACUGAGGGAAAAGAGGCCAGCACCGUCGGGGAAGUCCGCAAGCUGGUUGAGUUCCUAAACUAUUAUAGAGCAUAUAUUCAGGACUUCUCCCGCAUAGCAAAACCCAUCUAUGAGCUGCUGCAGAUGAAGGGGAGGCCCGAGGCGAUGGUGAUAAGGUCUAAGAAGGGGAAAGGAGCUCAGCUGCCCUCUAAGGCCCCUCACCAGUGGGACAAUCGACACCAGAGAAUUCUUGAGCAGCAUAUCAACAUCCUUUCACAUCCACCAGUGCUGGCUUACCCAGAUUGUGAGCUACCCUUCGUGGUUCACAUGGAUGCAUCUGAGCAGGGGCUGGGCAUGGUGCUCUAUCAAUGA